AUGCUUUUCGCUCGUCUGGCCGUGGUGGCUCUUCCCAUCUUCGGUCUCGCCUCACCCCUACUCUCGAGCAUUCCUAAGGAGAGGGACCUCUUUCAGAUCAAAGAACGUCAGACUUUGCCAGUGGACCCCGUCAAUAUACUCAUUGGUUCACUGAAUGACAUCACCACCGCUGCCGACAACGCCUUGAGUGGCACGACCGACAUCUUUGACAGUGCCACCGAUGUGGCCAACGCUGUAACCCGGCUGGUAGCGAUAUAUGCUUCUCUCAAUCCCAGCUCACUCAGUGACCUUCCCGAUUCCCAAGCGGACGCCCUGGCCGUUGCCAUUGAAGGUUUUCUCACUGCUAUCACCGAUGUCGAACAAACGGCUUUUGCGGCCGCUCUCAACGGGAAUGGUGUAUCAAGUCCUGGAUCGCCCACGCUGGAUGAAGUUCGUGAUAUCUUGUCAAGCCUCAAUGUGAACCUAGUUACUUUCAUUGGAGAUUUGGGAGGCGCCGGAUCUAUCGUCGUUUCUCGGGCUGUUUCUUUCCUCCCUUGGGAAUUCCCUGGUAUACUUGACUUACUCCCUGGUGGCAGGGAUCUCAAUCUUGCCUUAGGUCUCCCUUUGAACCCCAGUGUUACUCCUCCUAGACGUGACUUGACCAGUCUCAUCAAGCUUGACACUCGUGCUACAGUGUCAGUAACUCUCACCAACGUUCUGGGCCCCGUCAACUCCAUUGUUAACGUCGUCAACGCCGUCACUGUAUCCAGUCUGAACGGCGGCGUAGCCGUUGUCAAUGCCGUACUCACCGUUGCCGCUGCAAUCGGUUCGACUGCCAACACCAUCAUCAACCUGGGUGUCCAGACCGGCACAUACUCCCAAGCGACGCUGAAUACGCUCGCUCAAGCAGUGAAGAACGACAUCAUCGCAAUUGUCACUGUCACUACGGCUCUUCGCACUGCUUUCCUCAACUUCCUUAACUCGCUCCCUGUGAUUGGUCCCGUCGUUGGUGGUGUCGCAGGUGUCGCUCAGUUGGCUAUCGUCGCACCCCUUGACGCUGCCACGGCCACAUUCGUCUAUGCAGUGACCACCGUAGUACCAGGAUCGCUUCCCCUCAUUGUUGCCGCUUUGGGCAACCCAGGAGCUCAACUUCUCGCGAACAAUGGCUUCACCCUCACUUCCGACGUGCUCGCCGGUAGUUUCUCGGUGUGA